AGGGGAACGCCUUUUCGCCUUCCCCGCCCACGAAGUUUGCAGCGCGCUUGCAGAGACGACAUCUGCUGGCCCGAGGCUGAGCGCUGUCAGUUCCUGAUCCGGCGGGUGCCCGCUCCAGCCGCCGCAGGUUCCAGAACAGAAGAGCCGCCCCUACGCCGCAGGUCCUCCGCCGCCCACACGCGGAGCAGCGCCCGCAGGUCGCGUGAGGAUCGUGUCGCCGGGACCGCGGUGCCCCCGAGGCAGGAGGACCGCGCGCGGCUGGAUGGCGGCGGCCGCGCAGGCUCCGGGAAGGGCACCGCGGCCGGUCCUGCUGCUGCUGCUGCUGCUGCCGCCCGCCGUGUGCGCGGCUGCUCGGGAAUCCCCGGCCGCGGCCCGGCUUAGCCUGCACCCGCCCUACUUCAACCUGGCCGAGGCGGCGAGGAUUUGGGCCACUGCCACCUGCGGGGAGCGGGAGCCCCGCGGCGCGCGGCCCCGGCCCGAGCUCUACUGCAAGUUGGUGGGGGGGCCCACCGCCCCGGGCAGCGGCCACACCAUCCAGGGCCAGUUCUGCGACUAUUGCAAUUCUGAGGACCCCAGGAAAGCACAUCCAGUCACCAAUGCAAUUGAUGGAUCGGAACGUUGGUGGCAAAGCCCUCCUCUCUCCUCAGGCACACAGUACAACGAAGUCAAUGUCACCUUGGAUCUAGGGCAGCUUUUCCAUGUGGCUUAUGUUUUAAUCAAGUUUGCAAAUUCUCCUCGCCCUGAUCUUUGGAUCUUGGAAAGAUCUGUGGACUUUGGAAGCACCUACUCACCUUGGCAAUAUUUUGCUUAUGCUAAAGUAGACUGUUUGGAACAAUUUGGGCGGGAGGCAAAUAUGGCUAUCACCGGAGAUGAUGACGUCCUUUGUACUACUGAAUAUUCCCGGAUUGUACCUUUGGAAAAUGGUGAGGUUGUGGUGUCCUUGAUAAAUGGUCGUCCAGGUGCAAAAAAUUUUACUUUCUCUCACGCCCUGAGGGAGUUUACCAAGGCAACAAACAUCCGCUUGCGUUUUCUCCGAACCAACACCCUUCUUGGACACCUCAUCUCCAAAGCACAGCGAGAUCCAACUGUCACUCGGCGAUAUUAUUACAGCAUAAAGGAUAUCAGCAUUGGUGGGCGGUGUGUUUGCAACGGCCACGCUGACGUGUGUAAUGCAAACAAUCCUGAAAAACUGUUUCGGUGUGAAUGCCAGCACCACACGUGCGGGGAGACGUGUGAUCACUGUUGUGCUGGGUACAAUCAGAGGCGCUGGCGGCCUGCCACGUGGGAGCGGAGCAAUGAGUGUGAGGCAUGCAACUGUCAUGGCCAUGCUGUCGACUGUUACUAUGAUCCAGAUGUUGAGAGGCAGCAGGCAAGCUUGAAUGUCCAAGGCGUCUAUGCAGGUGGAGGGGUCUGCAUUAAUUGUCGGCAUAACACAGCUGGUGUAAACUGUGAACAGUGUGCUAAGGGUUAUUACCGCCCGUAUGGCAUUCCAGUUGAUGCCCCGCAUGGCUGCAUCCCCUGCAGCUGUAACCCUGAGCAUGCGGAAGACUGUGAGCAGGGCUCAGGCCGCUGCAACUGCAAGCCGAAUUUCCAGGGAGACAACUGUGAGAAGUGUGCGGUCGGAUACUAUAAUUUCCCGUUUUGCUUGAGAACUCCCAUUUUCCCUGUUUCUACUCCAAGUCCAGAAGGUCCAGUAGCUGGAGAUAUAAAAGGGUGUGACUGUAACUUGGAAGGAGUUCUCCCCGAAAUCUGUGAUCCCCACGGAAGGUGCCUGUGCCGCCCUGGGGUCGAGGGCCCUCGGUGUGAUGCCUGCCGCUCGGGUUUCUACUCAUUCCCUAUUUGCCAAGCCUGCCAGUGUUCAGCCCUUGGCUCCUACCAGACGCCCUGCAACCCAGAGACUGGACAGUGCGAAUGCCGGCCGGGCAUUACAGGACAGCGGUGUGACAGGUGUCUCUCAGGAGCCUAUGAUUUCCCCCAUUGCCAAGCCUCCAGCAGUGCCUGUGAGCCAGCCGGUGCCCUCCACUCCAGUCCGGGGUAUUGCCAAUGCAAGCUUCAUGUUGAAGGUCCUACUUGUAGCAUCUGCAAGCCAUUAUAUUGGAAUCUGGCUGAAGAAAACCCCAAUGGAUGUUCAGAAUGCCAGUGCCACGGAGCAGGAACAGUGAGCGGAAUGGGAGAGUGUGGGCAGCAAGAUGGUGACUGUCACUGCAAGUCCCAUGUUGGUGGUGAUUCCUGCGACACAUGCGAAGAUGGAUAUUUUGCUUUGGAAAAGAGCAAUUACUUUGGAUGUCAAGGGUGUCAGUGUGACAUUGGUGGAGCGGUCACCCCCAUGUGCAGUGGGCCCUCCGGCGUAUGCCAGUGCCGAGAGCACAUCGUGGGGAAGGCGUGCCAGCGACCCGAAGACAACUACUAUUUCCCAGAUUUGCAUCACAUGAAGUAUGAGAUUGAGGACGGCACUACACCUGAUGGAAGAGAACUUCGGUUUGGAUUUGAUCCCCUAGAGUUUCCCGGGUUUAGCUGGAGAGGGUACGCUCAGAUGACCUCGGUACAGAAUGAAGUAAGGAUGAUGUUGAGUGUGGGGAAGUCAAGUCUCUCCUUGUUCCAUGUUAUUCUGAGAUAUAUUAGCCCUGGAGCUGAAGCAGUGUCUGGCCAUGUAACUAUUUAUCCAUCCUGGGCUAAAGCAGGUGCUGCUCAAAGCAAAGAGAUCAUCUUCCUGCCGAGUAAGGAGCCAGCCUUUGUCACCGUCCCUGGAAAUGGUUUUGCAGACGCAUUCUCAAUUGUGCCAGGGACAUGGAUUGCUUGUAUUAAGGCAGAGAGAGUCCUCCUGGACUAUCUGGUGCUGCUCCCCAGGGACUAUUAUGAGGCACCUUCGCUGCAGCUGCCAGUCACAGAGCCGUGUGCGGAUGCAGGACCUCCCCAAGAGAAUUGCUUGCUUUACCAGCAUUUGCCAGUGACCCGAUUCCCCUGUGCCCUGGCUUGUGAGGCCAGAUACUUCCUGCUUGAUGGGGAGCCAAGACCCUUGGCAGUGAGGCAGCCCACCCCCGCACACCCAGUCAUGGCGGACCUCAGCGGGAGAGAGGUGGAACUGCGCCUGCGACUGCGGGUCCCACAGGUUGGCCACUACGUGGUCGUGCUCGAGUAUGCCACAGAAGUAGACCAGCUGUCUGUGGUUGAUGUGCACCUGGAGAGCUCGAGGUCUGUCCUGGCAGGCCAGGUGAACAUCUACAGCUGCAAGUACAGCGUCCUCUGCCGGAGUGCUGUGACUGAUGGCAGGAGGCGCAUCCCCGUGUAUGAGCUGUUAGCGGAUGCAGACGUUCAGCUCAAAGCACGUACGGCCAGGUUCCUUCUGCAUCAGAUUUGUAUCGUACCCAUUGAAGAAUUUUCAACUGAGUAUUUGAGACCUCAAGUCAAAUGCAUUGCCAGUUAUGGGCGAUUUGUUAAUCAAAGUGCCACUUGUGUCUCCCUGAUCCCUGAAACUCCUCCAACAGCACUAAUUUUGGAUGUCCUGAGUGGUGGGUCUUCCCCUCUCCUGCCCCAGGAUCCUUCACCUUCUGCUGAUGUUGUUACUGGAGUCCCCUUGAAGGCACCACAGAACCAAGUGACCCUGAGAGGACUCGUACCGCACCUGGGCCGAUACGUCCUUGUCGUCCAUUUUUAUCAACCUGAGCACCCGAUGUUUCCCGUGCAGGUGUCUGUGGAUGGAGGGCGGCCGCGGCCAGGUGUCUUUCGUGCCUCUUUUUGCCCCCACGUGCUUGGCUGCCGGGACCAAGUGAUCGCUGAAGAUCAGGUUGAGUUUGACAUCUCAGAGCCUGAGGUGGCUGUGACAGUGAAGGUUCCAGAAGGAAAGUCCUUAGUAUUGGUCCGUGUUCUAGUGGUACCUGCGGAGAAUUACGACUACCAAAUCCUUCACAAAAAAUCAGUGAACAAGUCAUUCGAGUUUAUCACCAAUUGUGGAGGAAACAGUUUUUAUAUUGACCCCCAGACAGCCUCCAGAUUCUGUAAGAACUCUUCCAGGUCCCUCGUGGCCCUUUACCAUGAGGGCGCACUGCCUUGUGAGUGCCACCCCACCGGGGCCAUUGGCCAUCACUGCAACCCAGAGGGCGGGCAGUGCCCGUGCCAGCCCAAUGUCGUUGGGCGGCAGUGUACCCGCUGUCGAACGGGCUACUACGGAUUCCCACACUGCAAGCCAUGCAACUGUGGCCGGCGCCUCUGUGAGGAGAUGACAGGGAAGUGCGUCUGCCCUCCCCGCACGGUCAGACCCCAGUGUGAGGUGUGUGAGACGCACUCCUUCAGCUUCCACCCCCUGGCCGGCUGCGAAGGCUGCAACUGUUCCAGGAGGGGUGCCGUUGAGGGUGCCACCCCGCAGUGCGACAGGGACCACGGGCAGUGCAGAUGCAAGCCCAGGAUCACAGGGCGGCGGUGUGACCGAUGUGCCUCUGGGUUUUACCACUUCCCCGAGUGCAUUCCCUGCCACUGCAACAGAAGUGGGACUGAGCCAGGAGUCUGUGACCCGGGGACCGGGGCUUGCCUCUGCAAGGAAAAUGUGGAAGGUACAGAAUGUAAUGAGUGUCGAGAAGGAUCAUUCUACUUGGACCCAGCAAAUCCCAAGGGCUGUACCAGCUGCUUUUGUUUUGGAGUAAAUAAUCAUUGUCACAGUACACAUAAAAGAAGAGUUAAGUUUGUGGAUAUGAUGGGCUGGCGCCUGGAGACAACAGACAGAGCCAACAUCCCCAUCUCCUUCAACCCCGGCAGCAGCAGUGUGGUGGCAGACCUCCAGGAGCUGCCCUCAACGGCUCACAGUGCGGCCUGGGUCGCACCUCUUUCCUACCUGGGGGACAAGGUUUCCUCAUAUGGUGGCUAUCUCACUUACCAAAUCAAGUCCUUUGGCCUACCUGGUGACAUGGUUCUUCUGGAAAAGAAGCCGGAUGUGCAGCUCACUGGUCCCCACAUGUCCAUCAUCUAUGAGGAGCCGAAUAAACCACGGCCAGACCGGCUGUAUCACGGGCGAGUGCAGGUGGUGGAGGGAAACUUCAGACAUGCCAGCAGCGGUGCCCAGGUGUCUCGGGAAGAGCUGAUGACGGUGCUGUCUAGACUGGAAGGCGUGCGCCUCCGAGGCCUCUACUUCACCGAGACGCAGCGGCUCACUCUGAGCGGGGUGGGGCUGGAGGAAGCCUCUGACACAGGCAGUGGACGCAGAGCGCAUAAUGUAGAGAUGUGUAUCUGCCCCCCUGAAUACACUGGUGACUCAUGUCAGGGUUGUAGCCCUGGAUACUAUCGGGAUAACAAAGGCUUGUAUACCGGACGGUGUGUUCCCUGCAAUUGCAACGGACAUUCAAAUCGAUGCCAGGAUGGCUCGGGAAUAUGUAUUAACUGCCAGCAUAACACCGCUGGGGACCACUGCGAGCGCUGCAAGGAGGGUCACUAUGGGAACGCCAUCCAGGGAUCCUGUAGCGUCUGCCCGUGUCCUCAUUCGAACAGUUUUGCCACGGGCUGUGUUGUGACUGGAAAAAACGUGAAGUGUUCCUGCAAACCUGGAUACACAGGAACACAGUGCGAAAGGUGUGCACCAGGAUAUUUCGGGAACCCCCAGAAAUUUGGAGGUAGCUGCCAGCCAUGCAGUUGUAACAACAAUGGCCAGUUGGGCAGUUGUGACCCGGUGACUGGAGACUGCAUAAACCAAGAACCCAAAGAUGGCAGCCCUGGAGAAGAAUGUGAUGAUUGUGACAGCUGUGUGAUGACUCUCCUGAAUGACCUGGCCACCAUGGAGGACGAGGUCCGCCUGGUCAAAUCUCAGCUGCAGGGCCUGAUUGUCAGCGCGGGCACUCUGGAGCAGAUGAGGCACUUGGAAGCCCAGACCAAGGACCUGAGGAAUCAGUUGCUCAACUACCGUUCUGCCAUUUCGAAUCAUGGAUCAAAAAUGGAUGGCCUGGAAAAAGAACUGAAUAAUUUGAAUCGUGAAUUUGAGACUUUGCAAGAAAAGGUUCAAAUAAAUUCCAGAAAAGCACAAACAUUACAUAACAAUGUUGAUCGCGCAACCCAAAGCGCAAAAGAGCUGGACACGAAGAUUGAAAACGUCAUCCGGAAUGUGCACAUUCUCAUCAAGCAGAUCUCUGGGACAGAUGGAGAAGGAAACAACCUGCCUCCAGGUGAUUUUUCCAGAGAGUUGGCUGAAGCUAAACGCAUGAUGAGAGAACUGCAGAGCCGCAACUUCGCAAAGCACCUGAGAGACGCGGAAGCUGAAAGAACAGCGGCUCAGCUCCUGCUGAAUCGGAUAAGGAACUGGCCGAAAAACCACCAGGAGGAGAACAAUGAACUUAAGAAUAUCCGAGAUUCUUUAAAUGAGUAUGAAGCCAAACUCACUGACCUUCGUGCUGCGCUACAGGAGGCAGCCACCCAAGCGAAGCAGGCUGCUGGCCUCAACAGAGAAAACCAGAAGACUCUGGAAUCCAUCAAGAGACAAGUUAAGGAAAUGAAUUCCCUACAGAGUGACUUCACCAAGUAUCUAUCCACUGCAGAUGCCUCCUUACUGCAAACCAAUGUUGUGCUACAGCUGAUGAGGAAAAGCCAGGAGGAAUAUGAAAAAUUAGCUGCCACUUUAAAUGAAGCAAAACAUGAACUAAGUGACAAAGUGAGAGAACUUUCCAAAUCUGGCAGCAAAGCGUCCCUGGUGGUGGCGGCAGAAAAGCACGCGCAGUCUUUACAAGAGCUGGCAAAGAAGCUGGAGGAGAUCAAGAGGAAUGCCAGUGGGGAUGAGCUGGUGCGCUGUGCUGUGGACGCGGCCACCGCCUAUGAGAACAUCCUCAAUGCCAUCAAAGCGGCGGAGGAUGCAGCCGACAAGGCCAGCAGCGCAUCUGAGUCUGCCUUCCAGACAGUGAUAAAGGAAGAUCUUCCAAGAAAAGCUAAAACCCUGAGUUCCAACAGUGAUAAACUGUUAAAUGAAGCCAAGAUAACACAGAAGAAGCUACAGCAAGAAAUCAAUCCGGCUCUCAACAACCUACAGCAAACUCUGAAAAUUAUGACAGUUCGGAAAGGGCUGAUCGACACCAAUAUUACUACCAUCCGUGAUGCUCUUCGUGGGAUACAGAGAGGUGACAUCGAUGGUAUGAUCAAUAGUGCAAAGAGUUUGGUCAGAAAUGCCAAUGACAUCACUAAUGAGGUUCUAGAUGGGCUCACCCCCAUUCAGACAGAUAUGGAAAGAAUUAAGAAUACCUAUGGGAGCACUCAAAGUGAAGACUUCAACAAGGCUCUCACUGAUGCGGAUAACUCAGUAAAGAAAUUAACCAAGAAACUGCCUGAUCUUUUGAGCAAGAUCGAAAGUAUCAACCAACAGCUGUUGCCACUUGGCAACAUUUCUGACAACGUGGACCGUAUACGAGAGCUAAUCCAGCAGGCCAGAGAUGCUGCAAACAAGGUCGCUGUCCCCAUGAGGUUCAAUGGUAAAUCUGGCGUUGAAGUCCGGCUGCCAAAUGACCUGGAAGAUUUGAAAGGAUACACAUCUCUUUCUUUGUUUCUUCAACGACCUGACUCAAGAGAAAAUGCGGGGACUGAGAAUAUGUUUGUGAUGUACCUCGGGAAAAAAGAUACCUCCAAGGACUACAUCGGCAUGGCAGUCGUAGACGGCCAGCUCACAUGUGUCUACAACCUGGGAGAGCGUGAGGCUGAACUCCAAGUGGACCAGAUCUUGACCGAGAGUGAAACUCAGGAAUCCAUUAUGGACCGGGUGAAAUUUCAGAGAAUUUAUCAGUUUGCAAGGCUUAAUUACACCAAAAAAGCCACAUCCAGUAAACCAGAAAUGCCUCAAUUCCAUGACAUGGAUAGUGGGAAUAGCAACACACUCCUCAAUUUGGAUCCUGAAAAUGCUGUAUUUUAUGUUGGAGGUUACCCACCUGAUUUUAGACUGCCUAGUAGACUGAGAUUCCCUCCAUACAAAGGCUGUAUUGAAUUAGAUGAUCUCAAUGAAAAUGUUCUGAGCUUGUACAACUUCAAAAAGACUUUCAAUCUCAACACAACUGAAGUGGAGCCUUGUAGAAGGAGAAAGGAAGAGUCAGACAAAAAUUAUUUUGAAGGUACAGGCUAUGCUCGAAUUCCAACUCAACCAAAUGCUCCUUUCCCAAUCUUUGGACAGACGAUUCAGACCACCGUGGACAGAGGUUUGCUGUUCUUUGCAGAAAACCAGGAUCGCUUCAUAUCUCUAGAUAUAGAAGAUGGCAGUCUCCUGGUGCGAUACAAGCUGAAUUCAGAGACAUCAGAAAAAAAAGGAAUUAGAGUCCUCAUAAACGACGGGAAAGAUCACACGAUUCAGAUCAAAAUUGGAAAAGCCCAAAAACGUAUGAGGAUAAAUGUGGAUGUUCAAGACAUUAAAAUUGAAGGUGAAAUAUUUGAUUUCAGCACAUAUUAUCUGGGAGGAAUUCCAAUUUCAAUCAGGGAAAGGUUUAACAUUUCUACACCUGCUUUCCGAGGCUGCAUGAAAAAUCUGAAGAAAACUACUGGUGUCGUUAGGUUGAAUGAUACUGUGGGAGUAACAAAAAAAUGCUCAGAAGACUGGAAGCUCGUGCGAUCUGCCUCCUUCUCCAGGGGAGGACAAAUGAGUUUCACCAAUUUGGACUUCCCAUUGCCCAGCCACUUCCAGGCCUCCUUUGGCUUUCAGACCUUUGAACCCAGUGGCAUAUUAUUAAAUCAUCAGACACGGACAAGUAGCCUGCAGGUCACCCUGGAAGAUGGUCACAUUGAACUGAGCACCAGGGAUAGCAGCAGCCCAAUUUUUAAAUCUCCUCAGACGUACAUGGAUGGUUUACUGCAUUAUGUAUCUGUAAUAAGCGACACCUCUGGACUCCGGCUUCUCAUCGAUGACCAGCCUCUGAAAAAUAACCAAAGGCUACAAGGCUUCGCAAAUUCCCAGCAAUCCCUGCGUCUGGGCGGGGGUCAGUUUGAGGGUUGUAUCAGCAACGUCUUUGUCCAGAGGUUAUCACAGAGUCCCGCAGUCCUGGAUUUGGCCAGUAAAUCUACCAAGAGAGGGGUGUCUCUGGGAGGCUGCAGUUUAAACAAACCACCAUUUCUAAUGUUAUUUAAAGGUUCUUCAAAGUUUAACAAAGCCAAGACUUUCAGUAUCAACCAGCCAUUGCAGGACACACCAGUGGCCUUCCCGAGGAGCAAGGAGGUAUGGCGAGAUGCUCAGUCUUGCCCACAACCUCCCCAGGCCCAGGCCAGUCACAGAGCGCUCAGGUUUGGUGACAGUCCCACCAGCCACUUGCUAUUCACACUUCCCCAGGAGUUGCUGAAAUCCAGGUCACGGUUUGCUGUGGACGUGCAGACAACAUCCUCCAGAGGGCUCGUGUUUUACACGGGCACUAAGAACUCCUUUAUGGCUCUUUAUCUUUCAAAAGGACGUCUGGCCUUUGCAUUGGGGGCAGAAGGGAGAAAACUAAAGCUCAAAAGCAAAGAGAAGUGCAAUGAUGGGAAGUGGCACACGGUGGCGUUUGGCCAAGAUGGAGAAAAGGGACGCUUGGUUGUGGACGGUCUGAGGGCCCGGGAGGGGAGUUUGCCUGGAAGUUCCACCAUCAGCCUCAGAGCCCCAGUGUACCUGGGAUGGUCCCCAUCAGGGAAGCCAAAGAGCCUCCCCCAAAACAGCUUUGUGGGAUGCCUGAGGAACUUUCAGUUGGAUUCGAAACCCCUGGAUACCCCUUCUGCAAGCUUUGGAGUGUCUCCCUGCUUGCAUGGCUCUUUGGAGAAAGGCAUUUAUUUCUCCCAAGAAGGAGGUCAUGUCAUCCUAGCUAACUCAGUGUUGUUGGGGCCAGAAUUCAAGCUUGUUUUCAGCAUUCGCCCAAGAAGUCUCACUGGAAUCCUGAUGCACAUUGGAAGUCAACCCGGGAGGCACUUAUGUGUUUAUAUGGAGGCAGGAAAGGUCACGGCCUCUGUGGACGGUGAGGCAGGUGGAAUCUUGACAUCGGUCACACCAAAGCAGUCUCUUUGUGACGGACAGUGGCACUCAGUGGCAGUCACCAUACAACAACACAUCCUGCACCUGGAACUGGACACAGACAAUAGCUACGCAGCUGGACGGCUCCCCUUCCCGCCUGCCAGCACUCAGGAGCCACUACACAUUGGGGGUGUCCCAGCUAAUUUGCAGACCCUGAAGAUCCCUGUGUGGAAAUCAUUUUUUGGCUGUCUAAAGAAUAUUCAAGUCAACCACAUUCCUAUCCCUGUCACUGAAGCUGUGGAAGUCCAGGGCACUGUCAGUCUGAAUGGCUGUCCUGACCACUAACACAAACCUAUCACACUGAGAGGAAAUUCACCUUCAAAAGCACUAAUUACCCAACGCACCUCCCUCUCCCCACUCAAGAUCUUUCUUGACUUAAGACACCAACCAGACAAGUUUAAUAGCAAAUCUAAUUUUGAAUUCCAACCACAUAUACCCAUCAUUUUGGCAUUCAAUGCUACAUACAUAUUUUAUAUAAAAAUCCCAUUUCUUGAAGAUGAUGAACAAAUUGAUAUAUGCCUUUGGUAAUAUUAUUUUUCACUAAAAAUUACAUGUCUUUUAAAGAACAUUUUUCACUUGUUAAAAAAAUAAAUAUCUUUUA